GGAUCCAUUUCCCAACUUUCCAUGAUUUCCCGUUUUGUAGGAGUGGUGAAUCCCUCCAUUACUUGUAUUCGUUUCCUUAUUUAAGAAAUAGAAAAGCCAAAAAGAGGCAAAUAUCAAUUGCCCAAAAUCUGAGUCUUUACUUUUAUUUAAGUUCUGUUCUUGUUCUUGAUACUAAAGUUGUGAUACGACGAGGUCGCAGCUAUCAACUGUGUUAUUAGUUCAGUCAUCAUCAUCGUCAUUUCGAAAUGUUGGAGACGGCUUUGACUAUUAUAAGCCUGUUUUUGACACCUUGAGAGUGCGAGAUUUCUGGAGUUUAUUUAAGUCGAAAUGAAGAGGAAAUAGCCAGUACAAGUUCAUGCUCUUGAGGCUUUUUAUUUCGAGCAAAUGUAUCCGACACCUAAGGAAAUGGAGGACAUGGGCAAGUCUUUAGGGUUUACAGUGAUGAGAAGAAGUAGAGGAAAAAGGCAUGAAAUCGCCGGCGGAUGAUGUGGUGGGAGCAGAGAAUCCUCAGUCAUACAAUACAUCUCGCAUUAGGAGUUCCAUAUCUUCCAGAUGUGAUUUUAGAGCAGGUGUUAAGAAAAGAUGUAGUGUUGAGACAAGGAAGGCCAAUUGCCAAGAGUUGUUUACUUCACAACACAUUUUGGCCAAGAUCUUUCGAAAGGAUGGUCCGCCGCUUGGUUCUGAGUUUGACCAUCUCUCGUCUGGAGCACGCAAAGCUUCUUGGCUAGGCACUUCAUCUGUCGAGCAACAGAAACAGAGAAUGACAAGAAAGAGAAAGUUUUCUUUAGAUUUCUGAGCUGAUGGAUCAUACCAGUCAAGAUUGCGUUCAAGAGAAUGCUACUGUGAUGAAACAUGGUAUUGGAAAGGGUUUGAUGACAGUAUGGCGGGUAAUGAAUCCAAACAGGAGGGACGUAUCUCCUUGCGUUGGUUUGUUGGAUGAAAGAGCUACAUUACCUCAAAGCUCAGCACGUAAUCCCCCACAUCAAAAGAAAAAGCAAAGACAAUUAGCAUCAAUACUGGAAUUUUUUACCUACUUUAUCUUUCAUAAUUCUGAUUCAUUCUCUUUCCGUUGCCGUUUUCUCCUAAAUUUCUUACUGACUGCAUUUUUCAUUCUUCAGAAGCAGAAACUGUUGCAGCAGAGGUCGACAGAAAAGAAGAGGCGUUAUAUAAAUAGAGAGGUGGAAUUGAACAAAGAUGAAACUCAAAGGGAAUUUAAAGAAAACUGUGAGCUUGCCGUGGAUAGGGAGGUAUUUAAAGAAACCUGCCAAACAACUUCGAUACUAGUGGAUGACGAGGAAUUAGAGAUGCGUGAGCGACAGGAGAGAGGAAAUCCGUUGACUUGUUCAUGCCAUCAUUCUAGUAGUGGAUCUCAUGGUUGUUUUCUUUGCAAAGAUUUAUUGCCCAAGUUUCCCCCAAAUUCUGUUCAAAUGAGGGUGCCUUUUGGUUUGCAUCCAUGGAAUUCUUUUCCAGAGACUGUAAAGAAACUGUUUAAGGUUGUCCAUUUCCUUUAUACUUAUUCAGUUACUCUUGAUAUAUGUCCUUUUACACUCGAUGAGUUCACGCGGGCAUUUCACGAUAAGGAUUCCUUGCUCCUUGGUAAAAUUCAUCUUUCCCUGCUGAAGCUGCUUUUGCUUGAUGUUUAAACCGAGCUGCAAAGGGGAUAUUUUUCAAACUUGAGUAUAUCAUGCAAGUUUCUAGCCCUGCUUCAGUCGGCAUGCACUAAUGUUGAGCUAUAUUUUAACUUGAUAGUUUGAUGGAGUUUUAGGAUCACCAUUAGAUAAUUUAUGGAAAGGAGACUCAUGAAAAAGUAUGGCUGAUACGAUUGUACAAUGCCACGUCAAGAGGACUCAAGUUGGUUGCUGAUGACGUGGACAAGAAGAGAGGAAAGACUCUGAUUGUGGAGGAGGGUGGCCGUUACGGGAUCAGCUUAAAAGAGCUGUGAAGCUCUUCUUCUUCAUGAUGCUGAAUGUUGAAUAUUGUGAAGAUUGGUCAAGCGAUGUGCUUGUGGUUGGAGAGGUGAGCUAGAGAUGUGCUAGUAUCUCUCUUAUGGUGUGUUGGGAGCUGAGCUAGUGAUGUGCUAGUCUCUCUCUGUUCUUAUCAGUUAGUUUUAAUUGUGUGUUCGUGUAAUCAGAGCUUACGGUAUCGUAAAUCUAACAAUGGUGCGAUGAAACUGUGAUCGGAGCAUCAACGCGAUGAAGACGGUGGAGUUUGUGAUCAAUGACGAUGAUGGUUGUAUGGAUACGCCUAUGUUCACCGGAACAGAUCCGUUGCUGUGGAUCUCAAAAGUGGAGAGGCUUUUCAAUCGUGGUUGUUUCUCAGAUGAUGCGAAGCUUGAUCUAGUCUUCUUGUUUUUAGACGGAGUUGCGUUGACAUGGUUUAUGCAGAAGAUUAAUAAAGAGAAAUUUAUGGAAUGGACUGUCUUUAAGCAUAGGUUGUUGGCUCGAUUUGAUCCGGUGAAGAGUUGUUCUUCAUCCGCGAGAGAUUCGUCCUGUGUUCCUGAAUUGGUUGCAACAGAAUCGUCGAUUCACGAUGCAGAAUCCCUUGGUGCAACUGCAAACAUUUCAUUUAGUGAAACUGAUUCGAUUUCAGAGCUUGAAGCGGAGGCAAUGGAAUCAAACAAGGAGACUGAUGUUGUUGCAAAUCCUAAGGUAUCGAUUUCACAAUUGGAACCUAGCCUUAGCGUUAGGAUUUGCAGUGAGUCAUUGGAUAUUAGGAAGGAUGUACCAUCUGUGUUGUUGGCAGAAGAUCGAUCACAAUCAACAUGUGUCAUUGUUAACAACAUUGCACACCAACUGUUCGAUGCAAAGUUUUAGUAUCAGACGUGAGAAACGUUUGAUGAAACAGAGCAAAUUUUCAAAGACAUGGAAAUUUAAGUUCAAAAACAUGGCUAUGUCGACCAAUAGAUCACAAAUGGAUCAUAACAUUGGUUUAGUGAGGAAGAAGAAAAGAUUUCAGAACCUGAGAAUGAAAAAGCAAGCUCACAUGUCAAGGGUGAUGUCUAAAAUGAGGAUGUUGCAUGAUCCAAGAGGCAUGAAGCAGCUUCUGCAUGGGGAUACGAAGCUCAUGUUCUUGUGUCAAGUGGAAUCAGGGGAAGCGACAACACUCACACUCAAGGAAGCUGUGUCUGAGUUGAUUUUUCAAGGAUUCAAGGUCUUGACAGCGUAUCCAAAGGUGUAUGGAAAGCUGCAGUUACAAAAUAGACUAGCAAUGGAUAUUCCAGAGUAUGCAGUUAGCUUAACAAGGGUUCAUGCAGUCAACACAAUUUUUCAAGACCGAGAUGCAACACUCAUGACAUGGUUUAUCCAUGGUGAUGCACAGUUUCAAGUGUAUCACAAGUGGAGAAGUAAACCACUUCUAUUUUGGAGCUUGAUCUGCAUUCAGUUUGUUCAUAAGACAAAGCCUGCAACUUCUCUAAUUUCCAGAAUUCACAAAGAAAGUGUGAAUUUUCAUAUUGGUGAUCCAUGGUCUGAUUGUGAUCUUGUGGUUUUGAUUGCUAGCAAAGGAGUGGCAGCGACUAUAGGACAUUCGCUAUAUAUCAUGACCUACUACUCUGCAUAUCAAGUGUGGGAUGUAAUGCUCCAAUUAGGUUUCAGGGUACAUCAACUACUAAAGAGACCAAAAUUGUCUAUAUCCUGGAAAUAUAAACUCAAGCUUAUGGUGAUUUGGUUGGAGGAUAUCUCAGUUUUUCAUCACAGUUUGGGCAUGGGAAACAAGGUUGUGAUUGGAUUGUAUACAAGACAGAAGGUCCAAGUACGGGAUCAUUUAUGGCUGACCACAAAUGCAGAUUUAUUGCUUUAUCUCUCAGCAAAUCUGAUACAAGUUUCACUACUACAACUACAUCAUACUCAGUGUGGACUGAUAUGUCGAAUGGUCAAUUGGUUGAUUGAGUGUGAGCUGCAAGGUACAAAUACAAGAUGAAAGAGAGUGGUGCAAUGGAGUAUACAAGGGGUGAAAAGCCAGAGUGGGACAAGAUAGUGAAUCUAAUCACAGAAACUCUAUUACGUCAACAAUUGUACAUGUUGCAGAAGGUUGCUAUACAAGCGUCAUCUUCUAUAUGGCACCACUGGAGACGCAAGACUGUCACAGUUGUUGCAAGCUCACAAGGACCGGCGUUUGUAUCUUGUCACUGCAAUUUUCUCUCUUCAAGCUUGAGGACAAGCUUGUCUCAAUGGGGGGAGUAUUGAUACGAUUGUACAAUGCCACGUCAAGAGGACUCAAGUUGGUUGCUGAUGACGUGGACAAGAAGAGAGGAAAGACUCUGAUUGUGGAGGAGGCGUGGCCGUUACGGGAUCAGCUUAAAAGAGCUGUGAAGCUCUUCUUCUUCAUUAUGCUGAAUGUUGAAUAUUGUGAAGAUUGGUCAAGCGAUGUGCUUGUGGUUGGAGAGGUGAGCUAGAGAUGUGCUAGUAUCUCUCUUAUGGUGUGUUGGGAGCUGAGCUAGUGAUGUGCUAGUCUCUCUCUGUUCUUAUCAGUUAGUUUUAAUUGUGUGUUCGUGUAAUCAGAGCUUACGGUAUCGUAAAUCUAACAAUGGCCUUCAUAUUGGAACGUUAAAGGGUGAAUUAUUUAGAAUGCUUAAUAAGCAAGGCAAUAAUGGCUUGAAAAUAUCCGAGUUAGCCAAUUCUCCAGAGGUAAGUUUGUAAAUAAAGGGAUCUAGGUCGUUUACUUGUACUGUUCGACUGUUUUCUGAAAUCCAUAAUGAUAUCUAACGGAAUAUGCUGAUGGCA